UGCUCGGAUUCUCCUGCUGAAUCGGUGGGAGCCCGCUUGCCGCCAAGAGUGGUGAUGUCACCUGAACAGUGCGGCAAUUCCCACUUCCCUCGUCUCAUCCGUUGUGUUUGCGACCGCCCCGUUCUCGUCCAUCCCUCAUUCACAACAACGCGCCGCGUCGACACCACUUUUUAUUCCACAAGAUAGACCAUCAUCAAGAACAAUCACCAUUUUUUUGCGACUUCACGGAACAUCAUGAGCCUUCCCCAAGCAAUGGCCGCUGUGCCUGAUAAGCCAGCAACUCCUCUCGUCGCCGCGCCUACUCCAACAAAAGUUUCCAAAACAUGGGUCUCCGACUACCAACGCGGCUAUAUCGCUGGUCUGACGCGACAUACCAACUUCACCAUUGGUAAAAUCGCCGAAUGUUCCGGCGUGCCAAAGUCUACCACUGCACGCAUCAUCAAGGACGUUCGGGCAAACGGUGUAUCGAAGCGCCCUGCAAAGCCCACCGGCCGGCCCACGAAUGCUGCACGCGCAGCGAAAAAGGCCGCCGCCGAAGCUGCUGCUGCGGAGGCCACGGUCAACGGACCAGACUCGACAACCCUUGGCGAUAUCGACGCGAACGAGGCCGAUGCUGACGCCGACGGUGAUGCUGAUGCUCACGCCGAUGAAUCGGAAGUGACGGAGCCAAUGGGGAUGGCUGUCGAUCCAUCUAUCACCAACCCAGCUCAUCAUGUCAUGGCCGGCGUCGCAAUGGCGCAGAACCCUCAUUUGCAUCCAAGUCUCCAGUCGGCCCAUCAUCAGGCACUAUUGCAACAGCAGCAGCAACAACAACAGCUUCAACAGCAGCAGCAGCAGCAGCAGCAACAACAACUCCAACAGCAGCAACAGCAGCAGCUUCAACAACAGCAGCAGCAGCAACAAAUGCGAAAUAUGCCCGGCGUUGUUAAUGGUCGGAAUCCAGGAAUGAACAACUAUCAGCAGAAUAACGCGCCCAAUGCUUACAUGACUGGGAAUCCGAAUGGUCCAGGAAACAAUUUGCUUGCUGGUGCGCUCAGAAAUGGCCUAUGAAACGGGCCUUCCUACUAGCUUGAGGUUCGAUCUCGAGUGAGACAAUGGGCCAUGUCUGUAGGGACGAUACCGAGCCGCCGAGGUGAUCUUCUUCUGGAAUUUACAACAAUCUAUUUCUAUCCGGCCGUGAGAUGGAACUGCGCUCUGACUCGAUAGUGGCCAAUAAGCAUUGCUCAUGCUGAGACGAAUCUUUGGAUCAA